CGAGCGAGCGCUAUGUCGACGGCUACUGCGAUCGGAGUGUGGUUCAGCAUAAUAAUACUGGCGUUUCCGUGUUCCCCGGGCGCGGCGCAGCUUGACCUGAGGACGUGUGGUGACGAAAACUCGGUCGUAACCUGCUCCUUCUUCUUCGGAAAAGUCAACGAAGCCUUUCGACAGAGAAAUGUCUUGUAUACGCUUCGCAAGGCGUUCUUCCCGUCUGAGGGUAACCUUUCGCCUCUCUUCGUGGUGGCGAUGACUCUUGACGUGGAAAAUGUCACCAGGAUCGCCUGCAAGGAUAAAAAUUACGAGUUUGGUAACAGUUCCGUAGACUCUCCGCCGAGCAUGGACGAGGUGUGCAGUAUUUACGACUGCGGCCCGCUGACACUCGGCUGGAGACAUCAGUGGAGCAAGACCGUCAUUUCCUACAUAAUCAAGCGUGAAGAUCUGGACCUACUGAAGAACACCAGUUUCAACGCCUUCGCCGCAGCCGCUUUCAGCACUUUUGAUGCCGUCAUAGACCACUUGGGAAAGCUGCGAGUUAACGGUACCACCAACAUAAGCAGCCUCGGCGCGACGAGAGACGACACGGUUCAGUUGCAUCUUAUCAUCCCAGAGCUGCCUUGUCGACCGGAUAAUGGUGUAUUGCUGGACGCCUGGGAGGACAUCUUGCCCUGGUUGCAGCUCUAUGCCCAGAACUCAGACAACCUGGAGUUGGAGGAUGUUGAGUACUCUCACGAAGACAGAGGGUUUGCAUUCCGCGAGGAGAGAGGAGGCAAUCGCAGCCGGCUAACCUUGUCCUUGCUGACAGUCAUGAACGUCCUUAUGAACAUUGUCUUUGCUCUGGCGGCCACGUACUUUCUCCACAAGUACCACGGCUACCUAGGUGAACUGCAGUGUGGAAAGAAGUACCAGCUAGUGGCCAGUAUGUACUGGUCAGUUGUGUUCCUGUGCUUUACCAGUGCUGUAGUCAUGAUCAUCGGCAACUGCUACCUCUACUACCCCUUGUAUACGAUAGAUGACGAGACAUUCACAGUCUUUCCAUUUCGGAUCACGAGUGAUAUAACAGUGGUAGUACUAGCAGUAGCUGAGCUAGUUGCAUCAUUGCUCACCCACCACGACGUAAAUUUCUUCAUCCCUUACGGCGUUCGCAUCAUCCAGUGGUGUUUACGUUGCCGGGGGUCACAGAACCGGUUAGACACUUUAAACCACAUCACCCUCGGCGUGGGCAUGUGGAUCAUUAUCCUCUUCCUCCAACUUGUCGUUUCUUCCAUCAUUCCUCUAGCUGUAGUUAUUAUCAUAAACCCCGUACCUUCCCUCGCGUUUGUGGCCAUAAUGAUCUCACUCUUCUUCUGUCUGGUGGUCUUUGUAGCCUACUUUCUGAACGCCUUCGAAGGCAACUACAUCCUAAAGCACAGGUUCAGUCAAAUGGAGAAAAGAAACUCAAGUGCUGGUAUCCAGUUGGAAAUAUUCAACAAGGAAUGGAGUGUGAAACCAAGGGAAAGGGUGCUUCUGUUUGUUCAGGCCAUCGCAUUCUUUCUGAUCUUUGUAAUAUUUUUCGUGGGUGUGAUACUCUACCUGAUCUUUGUGAAGGUUGGCGGGAACACUAACACCCUGAGUGGCGUUCUCAUCUCCUUUGUUCCGUCGGUUAUCCUUGCUGCCAUCACUUGGGCAGCCAAGAAACAUCUCUUUAAGGAGCUCGAGGAAGAAGAGGAGGAGGCAGAAGACAAGGAAGAGGAAAAUGGAGACAGGGAUGGAGGCAAGGAAAAACCCCGUUUUCAAAUUGGGGGUUUCUCGUUUCAACCACGUCGCCGCCGUCGAUCGACAUCGAUCAAGACGAAAAGAAAGAAAACGGUAACUGGAGAUGAUCAUGCCCCAGCCUCCGUCCAUCCAGUUGAUGAAGAAGGGAGCGUCAGUGCAGAGAAUGUAGUAAGUCAUAUUCCGCCGUGAUUACCAUUCAUAACACUGAAGGAGAGGCCAGCAGUACAGUGGCAAGUCUGUAGAACUGUAGUAGAGUAGGAAUAUUACGUGCAGGCAGGUUAAUGUGUAUUUAUUAUUAUUUUUUUAAAAUUUAGUUAUUUUUUUAUGAAUUUAUAAUCAUACACAAUAGCCAAAAGCU